AGCUUUUCUAGUGAAAAUAUCCUUUCUCACAAGCGUUACUUCCAAAGCUUCAUUGGUGGUGGCAUCGUUAUCAGUUUCAGGUAAUACACGCGCGUAUCUUUGUGUGCGUGCGGUCGGGAAAAGUAUAUAUCAAAAGAAAAUGUGACAAGAAAAAUCAGUUGAACGGUGUUUUUCCACCAGUUGACUUCGAAUUCCGUCGGAGGCACCGAGUGUGACUCCGUCGCGACAGAUCAGUUUCAGUACUGCACAACAAAAAAAAUCAGAAAAUCUUUAUAUCGUCCGUCGUAUACUAUUCGAGGGUUAAGAAAACGGAUAAAGUGAAUCUUACAUCCAUUUUUUUCUUUUAAUCCUAUAUUCUCUCUAACUUCGUUCAACUUCGUGCAUUCAAUACACUCAGGGUGAAGCGCAAAAGUUUCAGUGUUGUACAAAGGUUUUACCGGGUUUUCGUUUGAACUGAUGCGACCGCCAACCGCCAAAGCCAGCGUGGCCACCGGCCAGGCGGCGGCACUAGCCAUCCUAGUGUCGCUAGCCACGUUUUCCGCUGCAGUCCCGACCUCGGUACUGGCGGACUCGAAGGAAACGAACGGCCAUCGGGAAGUUACGGCUUCCCCGGGACUGAACCGGUUGACUACGGACGAUGCUAUGUACGGCGACGACCGGGCCGGUCCAUCGAACCCUCAGAAACGUGGAGUGAACCCGCUGCUCUAUCGGGAGGCCGAACUUCGGAACGACUUUUCCGGUAAUUCGAUUCCCCAGAAUGGAGUGUGGGAAGAUGUGGACGUACCGCUGCCGGGGAUGGCGUAUCCGUUGGAACUGUUCGAUGCACCCAUCGAGCCGGGUCCUUUCGACCGGUUUAACCAGCAACAGCAGCAACAGCGGACGUACGACGUACUGCAGAACCUGCUGAGCCGUCAACCUUCGCCGUACAAUCCUCUGUUCAUCGGCAGACCAGUGUCCGGUGGGUACCCGGUGAGAAUGCACGGCCCUGGCGGUGCCUACGGUACGGAACGGAAGAAGCGUACUUUGGCAACUGGGCCGGCGAAAUCGUAUUCCCAUCAGAUGCGCAACCGACCGCAAGCCAAGCGCUCCUCUCCAUUGGUUCCGCUGCUUUUUUGUACCUUCCCACUGGUCCCACCUGUUGUUGGCGAAAAGCAUCUCGAACGACAUACUCAAGGAAUGCAACAAAAUAAAGAGAAAACAGAAAGCACAGUACUACGUCCUUCUCUAUCCACUAAUGGUGCUACCGAUGGCGGCUACCAUCAUAACUCGUCCACAGUGGUCUUAAAGCGCAGUACGGGUAAGUUGUCACCAGCCGAAGUGUUCUCGCUGCUUGCGCUGAUGGAUUCACGCGAUCCCUACCGCCCACUAUCACCCCUGCCCGAGUACAUCCCGGACGAUCAGACGAACGAUGUGUUGGCCUACGCUCCAAAUGGAAUGUAUCCAGACGUUGCACUACCGCUGGCCCUGGAGCAGCUGCUGGGAGCGCGAGGUGGUGGCGGUGCAGGUGGCGAUGGUUACGCGUACGAUGAUGCUGGCGAGUGGAUGAACGGUUGGACGGAACCAUCAGUUGACUACAUGGGUAUUCCAAUUGCCGAUCUGGAUGCGCUUGGGGCGCUUAACGAUGGCAAAACCGUGGGCUCGAUCAAUGCAUACAUGCCGCAGAAGCGCUUUAUGGUGUCGAAGAAAAAGCGUAGCGUGAUGCAAGCACCUUCUCCAGCAGCUGUCGUCGGUUGCAAGCCGGGCGAUGCAUCAUGUGGCGCUCAGUCGCAUCAGCAGGGAGGCAUCAUUCAAGCGGCCGCCUAAAGCAUUACAUCCCCGAUACGGAUACAUGCGCAUUUUGAGAGAAAGGACCCGUCCUGGACGCACACAAAAAAAAACAUACACAACAUGUCCCAAGGCUCACGAAAUACCGGAUACUACAAAAAUCAAUGUACCAUAUGUGUUAAUUAUUAUUGUACUUACCAAUCAUUGUAACGCAACUAAUCAUUUCUAACGAUACAAAAGCAAGAAUCAAAGAAAACCCCUUUUCCACCAUUGAUGAGGCACAUCACACAGCGCUGCUUUUGAUAGAACCCGCUGCUCCAGGGCAUCUACCGCAAAACGGAUGACACGACAUGAGUAGCAAUUCCAUCUUACCUUUCACCGCUUUGUCUAAGUUGCACCGCACUGUUGUUUUAGGAUAAAAUGGAGAGGUACAUUGGUAGGUUUGGAAGUCAGGCUUAGGCUCACACAUUAAGCAUUUGCGUGUCUUUCGAAUAGCUGCCGUUACGUUCGGUGGACAUUUCGUUUCGUCAGUACCACUAUGCAGAACAAACAGUUUUCAACAAACGAGGCGGUUAAUUACUGUAUUGCUCUUCUUACUACUACUCACUUUUCUAGACGUUGAAUGGCUACCAUUGCAGAAGACAUCCAUGUAUUGCUCGUUGUGAACUCGUAUACAUUACUACCACGAUUAAAAAAGAAAUUGUGAAAGGCACAGCUAAAUGAUGAUACUGAUGAUGAUGAAGAGAAUUUAAUGCAUUAAAAUAUUCCUAUAUUUGAGGUCUACAUUCAUACGAAAUUUACUAAGCACAUAUACAUGUACUACACAAAAUUGAGGCUCCAUUACACAACAAGGUCGUAUCUAUGUAGGAGAGGCCAAUGCACGUUUGGCGUAUUUCAUCGUAUAAACUGCUUCCCCUAAUUAAUCGACGCGGAUCCACACAAACCGCGCACGCAUGAUAACAUGACAAGAAACUGGCUCAGAGGUAAAUAUUUUUUUAGGUAUAGUAAGAAAUCCAUACCAUAUAUAUAUAACAUAAACAUCUAUUAUGAAUGCAUACAAAAACAAGAGGCAAAAAGUUUGACAAAUUGUCGCACACGACAACACUAAACUGCAUAUUUAUCGGACGGUGGGGAGAAAAUUCCAUUUAAUCCAUAGUAUACUAUCGUAGCAAAUUAAUAACAAAAACCUUUACAUUAAACGAAAUAAAAUAAAUGAAAAAAUGAUACCACAAAAUGCAACAAACUACCACAAUGUGUGUACAACGGAGGAAUAAAUAAUACAAAGAGAGAAACAACAAACACAAUUUGCACCUGACAUAACAUAACACACAACAAACAAUCAAACAACUAUACAGACACACACUUCGCUGCAGCAGCAGUACAUACUGAGGCUGGAGUAAUACAGGAUACUUAGUCUACCUUGCAUUGAACUUUUGUUAGUCCGCCGAGGACAAUUGCAGAAAGAACAGGCGAUAAAAUGGUUGAAAUGAAUAAUGAAACGAAACAGUAAAUAGAACAAACUCGAGGAACAAGGAAGCGUAAAGAGAAACGUACCCUAACAUCAGCCACGUGACUGAAGAAGGAGGAGGAAGACUUCAACUAGAGCGUAGAAAAGAAAAUUUACAAAGCAUGGUUCAUUGUUUUCAACCCCUUUCGCUAGGUUCGGCUGGGAGUUAGCGGGGAGAAAACUAUCGAUGAGAAGAAGAAGUCUCACAAAAUUGAGAAAGGAAAAACCCAUUAAAAAUAAAAGACCACAAAACCGAUGAUUGAUUGCGAUCAUUGUCGGGUUACUUGCAUGAAGGAGGUAAUUUUAUUUGUCGUUUUGUCGAUUUAUUUCCUUUUCUGGUCUGAGUCCUGCAGCUUUCUACCAGAAACUGUGUUGCGGUUUUGAGUAAUUUUACGGUACGGCUCUGUUGUCAGUUGUUAUUAGUUGUGGUAGCUGGUUGCGUUUAGAAAACAUUUUCGAACUGAUUCUCGAUUGUGAUUUGUAAUUGUUCUUACACAUGUUCUGCCUAGCAAAUGAAUUAUAAUUUUUUUAUUUAACAUUAAACCCUUUCUCUACAUAGCUUUAAUAGCGAAACGAAAGAAAGAAAUUCAAGAAAGAGUUCUAAAGAAUUAUUUCUUAUCAAUUUUUAAAAUUUACUUAAAAAAAACUUGUAAUCUAAAAUUUACUACGGAAAUACGCGAGAUGAUACAAUAAUGAUAAAAAUUAUUUCAAACAAUCUCAGCGACAGCCACCUUAGACACAAACCAUAGACAGUAGCGUCAUCUAUUGCAACAACAGUGAAACUAACCAGUUUAAUUGAUUCGACGAACCGUUAGCAGUUUGAGGAAAAAUCCACGUGUUGUAUUUUUUUUUUGUUGUAAUUUAAAAUAGCCCUUGUUAUGUUUCGGAUAAGUGAUACAACAAUAUGCCCAACAAAAUUACUCUGUACUACAGUAGCUUAAGAUUCGAUUUAAUUUCCUUUCCACUAACGCUGCGCAUGCUGCAUUCAGUUUGAUUAAACUCCUCUAUCCUAAAAACAAAGAAUCUCGUUUCCCCUGUUAAAGAAUAACAUUCUAUUUACUAAAACAUAAAUAUUGUACAAAAGCGUAACUCUCUCUCUCAAUCU